CUGAACCUUCUUUUAUUGCUAAAAGUGAAGAUCGUUUGUUUAAACAUUUGUUUGAAGACUAUCAAAGAUGGGUUCGUCCAGUGCAACACUUGAAUGACACAAUAAAAAUCAAGUUUGGCCUUGCAAUCUCUCAGCUAGUGGAUGUGGAUGAGAAAAAUCAGUUGAUGACAACAAAUGUCUGGUUGAAACAGGAAUGGAUAGAUGUUAAGUUAAGGUGGAAUCCUGAAGACUAUGCUGGAAUAACAUCUAUUCGCGUCCCAUCAGAUUCUAUCUGGAUUCCAGAUAUCGUGUUGUAUGACAAUGCAGACGGACGUUUUGAGGGAACAUCUACAAAAACUGUGGUAAAAUACGAUGGCACCAUUGCUUGGACUCCACCAGCAAACUACAAAAGUUCUUGUACUAUUGAUGUAACCUUCUUCCCCUUUGACCUCCAAAACUGCUCUAUGAAAUUUGGUUCCUGGACUUACGAUGGCUCACAGGUUGAUAUAAUACUUGAAGAUUAUGAUGUUGACAAAAGAGACUUUUUUGAUAAUGGAGAGUGGGAAAUAGUGACUGCAACAGGAAGCAAAGGCAAUAGGACCGAUGGAUGCUGCUGGUAUCCUUUCGUUACAUAUUCAUUCAUAAUUAGACGUUUGCCACUUUUUUACACGUUGUUUCUCAUUAUUCCUUGUAUUGGGCUUUCAUUUCUAACUGUCCUUGUCUUCUAUCUUCCUUCGAACGAAGGUGAAAAAAUUUCACUUUGCACUUCAGUACUGGUGUCACUGACCGUUUUUCUUCUCGUUAUUGAAGAGAUUAUUCCAUCAUCUUCCAAAGUUAUCCCGCUUAUAGGCGAGUACUUGGUGUUUACUAUGAUAUUUGUGACAUUGUCCAUUGUGAUAACUGUCUUUGCUAUCAAUAUUCAUCAUCGCUCUUCGUCUACACACAAUGCUAUGGCACCUUGGGUUCGCAAGAUAUUUCUUCACAAACUUCCCAAGCUGCUUUGCAUGAGAAGUCAUGUAGAUAGAUACUUUGCUCAGAAGGAGGAAACGGGAAAUACGAAUGGAUCAGAGUCGUCUAGGAACACCUUGGAAGCAGCUCUAGAUUCUAUCCGGUACAUUACAAGACAUGUUAUGAAGGAGAACGAAGUUCGUGAGGUUGUUGAAGACUGGAAAUAUAUUGCUCAGGUGCUUGACCGAAUGUUCUUAUGGACUUUUCUUCUGGUUUCAAUAAUUGGAUCUCUUGUGUUAUUUAUUCCUGUUAUUCAUAAAUGGGCAAGUAUAAUAGUACCUACGCAUAUAGGCAGUACAAAUGCAUAA